GUACCCCCAACCCCAGAGACAAACCUCACAAUGACAAGCAUGCCACCUGACACACACCACAGCACAGUCACACAGACACAUUCCCAGGCAGCACAGACGGGCUCAAAUGUGGGCUCGGGUACAACCCAAUCAUCUGACCACUCUACAGCCCCUGUUCCUAGCGCCGCAGAGACAACCAAAUCUUCCGAUAUGAUUGGGACCCAUAAAGCAUUCCCCAACUCUAAUCAGAGCAGUGGUCAGGGAGGUGGUACCUGUGCUUUGGAUGAAUAUGCAGGCAGUACCGGAGGUUGUGUGUGCAAUGACAGCUACUAUUCCCACUUGAAACUAUCCGGAGAGAUAGCGACCCUGCGCUGCAGGCCACAGGACAUUGAGGUGUCUCUCAGGAGCUGCUUCCUGAAGACUCAACGCUGGGUCCUGAAGCAAGAUACCUUCAAGAAGUGUUUCAGUAUCAAUAAGACAGAAGAGGGUCAUCGGGUCCAGGUCUUUCAGUUGGAGAAGAAGGAGGGAACAUGUGGACUCCACAUCUCUACCAACAGCAGCCAUGCCCUGCACUCUUUGGAUGUGCACCUUGAACAGGCUCUCCCCGGCUCCAACAACACUGGCUCCAGAGUGCUGCGCUUUAGCUGUGCCUAUCCACUGGUCGUGAACAUCAGCAAGCCUGUCUCCUACCCGGGGGUCUCCAUUCCCUCCAUCCAUGUUCCAAAUACCGGCGAGACUGUCAUCACCCUGAGCAUCUUCACAGACUCGAAACUCUCCACUCCACUUGAGAACAGUACAGCUCCUGUCGGCAUGCCUCUCUACGUGGUCCUCAAGUCCACUGACAGUGAUCCUGACCGGUUUGCCCUGGUGGCUAAUGAGAUCUUUGCAAGUACCAACCUCUCCAACACAGAGGCUAAGGCCACUUAUCAUUUUGUGAAGGAGAGCUGCCCAGUCCGCGGCCGGAUGCUCCAGGACUUGAGCAACGGGGCCUCCAUAUACGUGAUACUGGCCUUCACUGUCUCACGAUUCUUGAAUAGUGACACGCUCUACUUACACGCCCAAGUGACCCUCUGUGACAAGCGAGUGGGACACCCAUGCCAACCGUCUUGUAGUGGGAAGAAUCCCCUGAGGAGAAAAUCACCCUGGGACGCUCGAGCUGAGACCCACGUGGAGCCUAGUGGUGGCAAGUGGAUCGUGUUUGGACCUCUCCGAAUAAGUGAGUCCAGAGCCUCCGGCAGCAGGAACUCAGCAGGAGCCUGGAAAUCCAUCUUUCUCCUGAUCAUGAUUGGCUGGAUGCUGGAAUAA